UCUCCCAUGAGCGGCUCAGUUUGCAGACGAGAGCAUCCGCGUGUGUCCAUCGGCACGCUUGGCUGCCUACUUCUAGCCUCUUCCAACGCGUUCCCUUCGCCUCAACCUCACUUCCAUUUCUCCUCCUCUACCCCCCGCCCCGAGCCAAAGGCCACUCCUCCUCAUCCACCACUAGCUUCUUCUCUCUGGGAAGCUCGGGGAGGCGUGGGCAGGUACUUGUUCCGGGAAGUCAUGCGAAAGAUUUGUUUUUAGCAUUGGUUUUGUUUACAUCGCUGUUUUUUAGGAGGAGAAGAAGAGUUCUCCUUUGUGUGUUUGAGUUGGUGGGGGAUUAGGAAAGAAAGGCCAAAGGUUGGAACUUUGAGAGUAGGACUAAUUUCAAAGACGGAUUCAAAAAGGAUCACUGCUGGUACUACGGUUCUUCGCCAAUCACUCUGGCCGUCCCUGGGGUACUAUCUCCUCGCACCUUGACAAAGGUGUGGGCUCAGGAGGAUGCACACUUCCCUCUGUAUUCCAUUCCAAUCUCCACUCUUCUGCUUGUUUGGCUUCUCUGCCGCAUUGUAAAAGGAUUGCCCGUCGAUAAUGGCUAACCCUUGAAUCCUUCGCCAUAGAUUAGAAGUCAUCUUUAUGUGAAGCUGAGUGCCUGAUCUUGUGCUGUCUGUGAGAUUUGGAUUACAUCAGUAUCCCAAAUGGCGAUGUUCAAUUGCUUUUCUACACUCCUGGUUGGGAAGAAGAAGAAAUCCAGAGAAUUACCCAAAGGUAUGGACUUGAAGAAGGCUAAUGCCAGUGCAGAUCUGCGAGUGAAGCCGGAAGAAUUUGCAAACCCGUUGAUUGGGACGGGCACAAAGGAGGCAUCUUUCGAGGUGCUGGUGCCUUCAGGUACUCCACCGAAGAGCUCCAUUUGCAAUGUGAAAAUGGUGGAGGAAGCGGAUAGAGAUGAGAACUUGGUUGGAGCUGAGAGAGUAGCUGAGGCUGCUUAUGAGGGGGGUGAUGAACACGAGGAGAUCUUAUCGAUGAAAAGGGAUUAUUCUGACUUUGAUCUCCAAGCCCAAGCAGCAGACAAAGGAGAAUCCAAUUUUUAUGGUUUGAUUGGUUCGAACUUGGAGUUGAAUAGUUACGGGCUGGAGAGCAAGUCCGAGAGGGAAGAAGGCAUCACGCCGGAGAUGAUGAUUCAGAGUGGGCAUGUGAGUGAUCCGGGGAUGGGGAUGACUACAGCCUUCUGGGGUUCUCCCAAGCUGAAGCGCUCUUGUUCCAACAUUGAGACAAAGAGAUCUAGUGCAUUGCUCGAAUCCCCGACAAAGUCCCACUCCUAUAGUGAUCUCCAAAACUUAUCAGGAAAUGUUGGAGCGGAUGCUUUCAAUGCCCUUCAUGGCAGCCCAUUAUCUGUGAUGACCAACUGCAGUGCUGACAGGGUGAUGCUAAAGAAGAGGUCUUCGAGCCAAGUACUUCCUUCGAGAAGCAGGAAGCUCUGGUGGAAGCUUUUCCUCUGGAGUCAUAGGAAUCUCCAUAAGCCUUGGACCUCUAAGAUGCAGAGGCUAGUCUCCUUAAGUGAUCCCUCCAAACAAAAAGGUGGGUAUACUUCAGACACACUUGAGCCAAGCGGUGACAUGAGGAAAAAGAAACCAAUGGAGGAGCCAAUGAGUAGAACUAGAACUGAUUUAUGGCCCCAGAACCAGUGGGUUGCGUUCUCUGCAGAAUCCUCCUCUAUAGACAGAGUCAAUGCUUGGGUGAACAGCCUCGAGGACAACCUGUUCUGCCCGCUCAAUGACAACGGCGAUGAUGAAGGGAAAGCAACUUCAGCUAUCGCUUUCCCAAAUUCUUUUGAUAUUGGGGAAUCUUCUGGGAAGAACCACUCUCACCCAACCUGGCGCUUGGAGGAGGUUGUGCAGGCCAACAAUGUCAUCCAAUCUCUGAAUUCACUCUCCUCCGUGGCUCAUAUCUCUGGCAUGGGCUUGAAGGUCAUUCCUGCCAUCUCGGCGUUCACCAGCCUCCGUUCUGUCAAUUUAUCCGGCAACUUCAUAGUUCAUAUUUCCCCGGGAUCACUACCCAAGAGCCUUCACACACUUGACCUGUCCAGGAACAAGAUUGCCACCAUUGAGGGACUCAGAGAACUGACAAGGCUGCGAGUUCUUAAUCUCAGCUAUAACCGAAUAUCACGAAUUGGUCAUGGACUGUCAAACUGCACUCUCAUCAAAGAGCUUUAUCUUGCUGGAAACAAGAUCAGUGAUGUGGAGGGGCUCCACCGGCUCCUGAAGCUCACUGUCCUAGACCUGAGCUUCAACAAGAUAACCACUACAAAAGCCCUGGGCCAGCUCGUUGCCAACUACAAUUCUCUCUUGGCCCUCAAUUUAUUGGGCAAUCCGAUCCAGAGAAACAUUGGGGAUGAUCAGCUUCGCAGGGCAGUCUCAGGCCUCCUCCCACAGCUAGCCUAUCUCAACAAGCAGCCUAUCAAGCCACAGAGGGCAAGGGAGGUGGCUACCGACAGUGUUGCUAAGGCUGCACUUGGGAAUGACGGCUGGAGCUCUCGGAGGAGGCUGGCGAGGCGAGUGAGCCAGGGAUCAAGCUCUUCAAUCCGGGGCAGGAUUGGGGAAGGAAGUAGCCUCAGGGGAAUGGGUAGCAGUGGUGGGCAGAAGAGCAGCAAGCACAGAUCAAAAACCAGACACCAACACCCAAUCUCUUCAAGGAAGUAAGAAUGGAAUAGCUUUUACUAAAUAUGAUCCAUUAUCCGGACAUGAAUAAUGCCUUGUGGUGAACUUGGGACUAUUAUGAGGGUCUUUGGUUACAGCUUUUAGGUUCUGUAAGUUCUGAAGGGACAUGAUUGAAUGCUAGCAAUAUUAGCACAGAUUGGUGGUGUUAAACAGGAGAUCUUUUCUUAAUUAUUUUCUAUUUUUUAUUUCUUAACUUUCCCUUAAUUUUAGUGCCUGGAGAUAUGUAGAGAACAGAUAAUGGCAUACACCUCAUGAAGAGGAAUUGAGCAAGUUCACUGCUA